AAUAAUAGAACACGUUCGUUUAUUAAAUAUAAAGAAAUGGCUAAGCGGAUAGUUCCAAUUGAUAAAUUCGGAGCUGCAAAAAAACUGAAACUAGACAUUAGUAUAAGUCGGGGCCGCACUAGAGAAUCCACUAAUGUUGUAGAAUUUUGGACGAGUGAUGACGACGAUGACGUUUUGUUCGCUACCCAAAAAGCAGAGGAAACUCAGCGUAAAACUGAUCCACCAAACACGCAGAACGAAUUCAGCUUCAAUAAUUUUGCUGCCCAAGCUCUGCAUGCCACUACAAGCACUCAGGAAUUAUUUAAUGAUGAGGUGCUUAGAAGUCAUCUAUCGACAAAUUUAACCAUCGACGAAAUAUUUGGGACAGAUGAAACCAAUGUGUUCUUACCUAAUACUGAAUGUGGCAAAAAAACAGAUAUUCAGGUAGCCGAUAUAAACAACGCGGUCGAUGCUUCUACAAGCCGGGCAACAGAAACAAGGCGUCAAUUGGCACAGGAACGACAACUAAAAUUUUUAAUGGAACGUGUUGAUUUACUCAAAAAGGAAAAUGCCAAAUUGCAGAGAGACCUAGCAGAUAGUAACAAUCAGGCUAAUGCUAAGGAAGGCGAGGUUGGUUUACUACGCAACGAGCUCCGACAGGCACGCAAGCUGCUCCAAGCUAGCAAGGUCGAUAGGCUAACGAAGGCGGAAAAUGGGAAAAGUGAAUGUAAUGAAAAAAUAAUUGAUGCAUUCAAGCAAAUCAGAGCUAAAGAUACAGAAUUAAAUUUUACAACCGUAGAAUUUACGGAACUUAAAAUUAGGAAUGCGAAAUCGAAUGAACGUAACACUUUCAAAGGAAUAGAUUCUGACGUGAAUCGAAGAUUGCUCCGUAUUGAAAAUUUUUGUAUUGAAAGCCACUUUGCAAAGCAAAGUUCUACAAAAACCAAACGAUAUAUGUAUGAGUACACAAAUGAGAAACGCGCGCAAAAAAAACAACGGACUUUCCUUGAAAUGGAGUUAGAACAAUUAGUUCUCAAUUACUCGCAAAUGCAGUCUGAGUGUGCAAAUGUUAAAGCUGUUAUAAACCGUAUAUUUGCUUCUGCAGGCAGGGUCUUUACAGAAUUUUGUUUCUAUACCCAGAACUUAGAAUUACCACAAACCUGUACACUAUAUCCCCAUCGGCAGAUUAACACACACUCAGGUCAAAAUAUAGAGAUGCGGUGUUCGUUGAUUCAACCCACUGCUUUAUAUAACAUGGAACGAGGAAUUCUAUUACGCCGCUAUAUUGCAACAUUGGCGUUAAUAUGUCAAAAUCAAAACAUAAUAUCAUACAUGUUGCUAACAAGAAAGUAUGAUAGGCACUGGAUUUUAAAAAUAUUGAGCGAAGCGAUUACUAAUUUAAGUUACUCCUUCGAGGUUGUCGAACACUUAGGCGUUCUUAAAGCCACGUCUUCAUUUCUCUGCAGUUUAUUGAGCUAUAUGAAUUCAGUAAAAGAUUCAAUGUCCGAAUCUCAGAAUGACCUUCUAUUUCAUUUACUGAAACAGCUUGUGUUUACUCGUCCAAGUCCCUGGGUUUUCCAUGAGCUCAGCGCUUGUAUGCUAUUGUGCACACAAAACAGUCAACUAAUGGCAAGAAUGUGUGUAAACUGCCCUAGCAACUGCUUUGUAGCAGAUCGGGUUCGUUCGCUUUACCGUUUUGGUCCGAGCUCUUGCUUAAUACAGGUGUACGCAGGAUUGCUCGAGUUAAGCUUUUAUAGCGAUUUGGCUUUUCAACCUAGCCGUUUCAAACUUUUGUUAUCGGUGUGUGAGAAUCAUGUGCGCUUCGUUUACCAAUGCUUCACAGCGAGACCUGCAUUUAUAUUAAAAAUGCUUUCACUUCCAUCACAUACUGAUGACGAGAAGGAUAAUGAGGACACAUUGUCCAAAGUUGUCGGUAUAAACUCUGAUGCAACUCCUAGUAAUAACAAAACCGAUAAUUUUUAUAUGUCUUCGCUCGAAGCCACAAGCGUGUCAAAAAAUUCUGUAGCCCCUGCGAAGAAAACCCAUCAAGAAAUCCGUUGUGAGUGCUAUGUAAAACUUUGCCUAAGCGUUGUUUCGAUCGUUUAUCAAAUGAUGUAUCAGUGGAUAAAUCAAGAUAAUAAAUUAGAUAUUUCACAAGUUGGAAAAGUCUCACAGGUUGCUCUACAUCUAUUUACGCUUAUCUUUCGUGAAUAUUACCUCUCCUGCCUUUUCCGGGACUCUGCAGAAACAACAAAACAUUAUUUAUCUCUAUUAUGCAAUUGGUGGCAAUGUCAUGCGCGACUUUUGAAUUUCGAAGAUGAACAUAUGCGCUUUUUAAGACAAUUACAGGAUUUGCAUUUUAUGUUAAAACCGUUGCACCAAGAAGGAAAUUCUACCAAUCCAAAUGAUGAUAGUAGCGAGUGGAAACGAAUAGUGUGCAAUGCUGAUAAAAAUAUACAGCCAUAUAUUCAAACAAACACCCUACUCGAUUUUGAGCACUGGCACACAAUAUAUGAUAGAGAUAAUUUUUUCAAUGGCUUAAAGAGAAAGUCUUAUAAUUUUGAAUAAGGUAAAUAAAAAAUGUGAUUAUUUUCUAAUUGUUACAAUUAACGCCCAC